UUCUCUUGUUGCAGUGCUGUCUGUGAUCUCUGUCAGGUCAUUAUCAAAGUUACAGAGACAGUUUCAUCUAAAUGGGAUGCACAAAACUGGAGAUGUGAUUCUAGGUGGACUUUUUGAAAUACACUUCUUUUCUGCUGAUCCUGACCUGUCUUUUACUUCUGAGCCACAGCAGCCUCACUGCUAUGGUUUUGAUAUUAUAGGAUUCAGACAGGCUCAGACCAUGGCCUUUGCUAUUGAUGAGAUCAACAGAAACUCCAACCUGCUGCCAAAUGUGACUCUGGGAUACAGUCUGUAUGAUAACUGCAUCCAGCUAGGAAUUGGAUUUCGUGCAGCACUAAACUUAGUGAGUGGUCAGGAAGAGCAAGUUACAUUAGAGGAGAACUGUGUAGGAACUCCUCCAGUCCUAGGGAUUGUGGGUGAUUCUUCGUCCACACGUUCUAUUGCCAUAUCCACAGUGAUAGGUUUGUACAGAGUCCCUCUGGUGAGUUAUUUUGCCACAUGUUCCUGCCUGAGUGACAGACAAAAGUUCCCAUCUUUCUUUAGAACGAUCCCAAGUGAUGCUUUUCAGGUGAAUGCUAUGAUUCAGAUUCUAAAACACUUUGGUUGGACUUGGGCAGGUCUGCUCAUCAGUGAUGAUGAUUAUGGAGUCCACGCUGCCCGAUCCUUUCACUCUGAUCUGGGUCCAGCUGGUGGAGGUUGUCUGGCUUACACAGAGAUUUUGCCCUGGGGUGACGACCCUGCUGAACUCAGGAGAAUAGUGGAUGUGAUGAGGAAAUCUACAGCUCGAGUGGUGAUUGUGUUUGCACAUGAGAGUCACAUGAUUAACCUCAUGAAAGAGGUGGUGAGGCAGAAUGUGACAGGCCUGCAGUGGAUGGCCAGUGAAGCCUGGUCAGCAGCUGCUGUGCUCCAGACUCCUCACCUCAUGCUGUACCUGGGUGGAACACUGGGCAUAUCCAUCCGUCGAGGAGAAAUACCAGGACUCAGGGACUUCCUGUUACAAAUACAUCCUGACCUACGUCACAACAACACAGAUGGAAACAGCAUGGUUAAUCAGUUUUGGGAACACACAUUUCAGUGUAGAUUUGCACAACCUCCAGCAGGUUGGGUGGAAGCUGGAGGAAAAUUAUGCACUGGACAGGAAGUUAUAGAGAAUUUGGAGAAUGAGUUCUUUGAUGUUUCAGACCUCAGACCAGAGUAUAAUGUGUAUAAGGCUGUGUACGCUCUGGCAUAUGCUCUUGAUGAAAUGCUGCAGUGUGAGCCAGGGAGAGGACCUUUCAGCAACAACACCUGUGCUCCUUUACAAAGACUGGAGCCUUGGCAGCUUGUGUAUUACUUGGAGAAAAUCAUCUUCACCACAACAUUUGGUGAUCAAGUGUCAUUUGAUGUGAAUGGUGAUGCCAUACCAAUAUAUGACACCAUGAACUGGGUGUGGCUCCCUGAUGGAGGAACUAAAGUUCAGAGAGUGGGUGAGGUUAAGAGGUCAGCCUUAAAAGGUGAAGAACUCACACUGGAUGAAGACAAAAUCUUCUGGAACUUUGAAUCCAAACAGGCUCCUCGGUCAGUGUGCAGUGAGAGCUGUCCUCCAGGUACCCGCAUGGCCAAAAAGAAGGGGGAACCUGAGUGUUGUUUUGACUGUGUCCCUUGUUCUGAGGGAAAGAUCAGCAAUACGACUGACGCCAUGGAGUGCACCAGUUGUCCAGAAGAUUUCUGGUCCAGCCCCCAGCGUGACCACUGUGUUCCUAAGAAAACAGAGUUCCUCUCCUAUCAUGAGCCUCUGGGUAUCUGCUUGACAACCACCUCACUGUUGGGCACAUUUGUCUGUGUUGUUGUUCUUGGCAUCUUCAUCCAUCAUCAGAGCACACCUAUAGUUCGUGCCAACAAUUCAGAACUCAGUUUUCUACUCUUGGUUUCACUCAAAUUGUGUUUCUUGUGUUCAUUGCUCUUCAUUGGACGACCCAGAUUAUGGACUUGCCAACUAAGACAUGCAGCAUUUGGCAUCAGCUUUGUGCUUUGUGUCUCAUGUAUCCUGGUGAAAACCAUAGUGGUUCUAGCUGUGUUCAGGGCCUCCAAACCAGGAGGGGAGUCCAGUCUGAAGUGGUUUGGUGCUGUGCAGCAGAGAGGGACAGUUCUGGUUCUGACUUCUGUUCAAGCAGCAAUCUGCACUGCCUGGCUUGUCUCUGCUUCACCAGUGCCUCAUAAAAACACCCAGUAUCACAGUGACAAGAUAGUUUAUGAGUGUGUAGUUGGGUCCACAGUUGGUUUUGCAGUUUUACUUGGUUAUAUUGGUUUACUGGCCGUCCUCAGUUUUCUGUUAGCUUUUCUAGCAAGGAAUCUUCCAGACAGUUUCAAUGAGGCCAAACUCAUCACUUUCAGCAUGCUGAUCUUCUGUGCAGUGUGGGUGGCCUUUGUCCCUGCUUAUAUCAGCUCACCAGGCAAAUAUGCAGAUGCAGUGGAGGUAUUUGCCAUACUAGCUUCCAGUUUUGGGCUCUUGGUGGCACUGUUUGGACCCAAAUGUUAUAUAAUCCUGUUGAGACCAGAGAGAAACACAAAGAAAGCCAUCAUGGGUCGAGGCACUGAGUCAUGAAAACAGAAUAGCAACAACAUUUUAUUUAUAUUAUUUCCACAGUUUCCCACAGGAUUUCAGGAGACUGGUGGGAGGGUCCCUGACCCUUGGGGGUUGGAGUGUGUGUACAUUUUCAAGCCUGAUGUAUCUCUUUAGUGCAUUUUGAGACCACUGAAUGUAAUGUAAAUUGCUGUAUACAAACAUAACAGGUUGGUAACAUCCAUAACAACUUUCAAAGGCAUAUCAGGAAUAUUUAAAAUUUAAUCUUGAAAAAAACAAAACAAUGACAAUUCAUUCAUUCAUUCAUUCAUUCAUUCAUUCAUUCAUUCAUUCGUUCAUUUUGAGAAUAUAAAACUUAAGAUCGAUGAUGUGAACAAUCUUUAAACUGACUACUGACACACUCUGCACCCUGCCUUUGGACACCUAAUGUUACUAGGCUUGGUGGAAAAUCUUGAAUAAUCAUUCUGACAUUUGUGAGAAAAGAGCAUCACAUUUUGGGGAAAAACUAACCUGAAAAACACACACAAAUCUUUGAAAAACUUACUUUAAUGCCACAAAGCCAUCACUUUAUCAUUUUAACAUUGAUUCAACUAACCAGUAACAAACACAAAAACUUCUUCACUCAGCUGGUUUUCCUGACCGUUAACUCUUUUAUAAACCAAUAUAAGUCAUUGAUAAAUACUACUAAAAUAAGCUUCACAUCAAGAGCAAAAAAAAAGGUGAAACCAAAAGGUCCAAAAAAUUCAGGCUAAACAAUUUGUAAAACAUGAAAAAAUACUAAUACUUUAUUUUAUUGUUUAGUUUGAUAGUCAGACACAACUGAAAAGUAAGUUAGCAUAAAUCUUGGGAUAAUUAACAAUUAAUUUAAAAACUGCCUGGGUGCAGCAGCCACAGUGAGUGUUUUUGCACAUACUGGUGGUAUACAGUGAUAUGUCGUUUUGUUUCUCAGCUCGUAUACACAUUUGUUUUCACUCUGGUCCAAAUGCUGCAGCACUGGCAGAGCUUCUUGUUUCUGUGACGACUGACCGGGAAAAGACGCGCGUGACUCCCAGUUGUUAAAAUUAGUCUCUAAAGUAAUGCUUAACUUUAAAAACAGAGGUACACAUACGUAGUACACAGGUACAAUGAUUAUUUGUAGUGCUGCUCUUUUCAAUUAAUAAACUGACCCCUCCAGUUCGACUGAUGCAGCUAACAACGCUAACUGGUAAAUGGUGCCUGGGCUCCCGUACUCACUGAUUUGGUAUCGAAUUGGAACAACUCCAGGUAAAAGAAAAUAAGUGUGAGACAGCUUCCACAGGGCAGACCUUCACGGCCCAGCCUCACUGUUCUGCCUCCGUUGUAGGAUCUGUAUAGUGCAGUUUUUUGCUAUCGAAGGCUUCCUGCACAGCAUCCUCCUAAGGAACGUGAGUUCAAUCAAGUAUGCUCGGGAGUGCGAGUUGGACCACAGGACCAGGUCAGGCCUCAGGUUUAUGAUUGCAAUCUCUGGUGGAAUCGUUAGUCAUUGGCCCAGAUCCACUAGCAUCUGUGGUUCAUCUAGCUUUCCCCUCCUGGUCUUUGGUUGGUGCUUGCACUGUCUUUGUUCCCCCUUUUGGUUCUUCUGGGUGGCAAGGCACUGGUGGUCAUUCGCUUGCUUUUCAGGCUAACUCCCAACCAUUUGAGGACUUGAUUGUGCCUCCAGGUGUAUCGUCCUUGAGAGAGGCUGACUUUGCACCCUGUGAGGAUGUGCCGGAGUGUUGCUGGUGUUGAGCAGAGAGGACAAGAUGGAUCUUUGCCCAGCCACUGGUUGAGAUUUUGAUGGUAAGACAUCGUAGGUGGUGCAAAUUUGGAAACUAAUCUCACUCGCCUCCAUCUCCCUAAUGUCCUUCCAGGUGAUCUUCCAUUUCUCCACACUAUCCCAUCUCAUCCACUGGCCCUGUUUGGCCUGUGACGCAGCCUUGGCGCAUCUGCUGGACCCUGCCGACGGAUUUCAGCAAAAACCAUCUUCCUUCAUUCUUGUGGAGCUGCUUUAUUCCAGCAGGGUCGUCUCUUGCCAAGCCCAAGGCCUUCUCUACCAUGUUGGACCUUGCCCACGAUGUCAUCCAUUUCCUUCCUGUGGACAGGUUAGGAGCAGCUGCCUGAAUCAAAGUGUCCUUUGAUUCAGCCAGGGUCAUGUGAAGCCUUACUUUUGUGAACUUGAACGCCUCUGUGAGGCUAGAGAGAGGUAGUUCGAGUAGUCCAUGGCCAUAAAGGGCUAUGCUGCUCAGACAUCAAGGCGCACCUAAAUCACUCACGUAGGAGCUGACAAUCCUCUCCAUCUUCUCAACUCCUGUAAGGGUGAUGUCAUACAUGGUUAGCGGCCACAUGAUGCGAGGUAAUAACCCAAACUGCAGGCACCUGAUCUUAAGCUUGCUAGGCAGCAUGGUCGAUGGUCUUCAGGUAUUUGUUGAGUCCUUGCCACAGCUUGUGUAUCUGAUCAGAGUCCUUGAACUUUGACUUGAACCACCUUCCAAGACUUUGGAUUGUUUUUUCAGACACUAUUGGUAUAGGCUCUUGUUUGAUAUAGAACUGUUGCUCUGUCAGUUUGCCUUUAACUAUGUAGAUGCUUCUUGAUUUGGAUGACUUGAAUUUCAUUUUGGCUCCAUUGAUGUUCUCUGGAAGCUUCCCCAGAAGGCACCUGGUACAUGGUGCGGUUGACAUGUCAUCCAUAUAAGCUCUGAUAGGUGGCAGGCGGACGCCAGGAGUCAGAUGAUCGCCACCAACCACUUUCGUCAUGGUGAACGCUAGAGGGGAUAUGGUACAUCCUACCAUUAUGCUGAUUUCCAGGCGAUGCCAUGCGGUGGUAAAGUCUGGUGAAGUGAAACGAAGCUGUAGAUCUUGGAAAUAGGAUUUAACUGGGUUUGUGAUGGUUGCUAUGUGGAAGAAGUCGAAGGAUGCCCAGAGGAAACUGUGUGGGACUGAUCCAAAAGCAUUGGCCAACUCAAGUAAGACAGCAUGGAGAUUCUUUCUCUCUCUCUUAGCAGUCUGGAUCUGGUGCCAAAUCAUACUGGUAUGUUUAAGGCAACCAGAGAAUCCUGCCUUUUGGACCGUUGAAUAUAUUGAAUGAAAGUUGAAUAUAUUGAAUGAAAUUCUGAGUAUAUGGAAUGAAAGUCAGAAUAUAUUGAAUGAAACUUUGAAUAUAUGGAAUGUAUUGUCACUUCCUGUUUCCAUUGGUGUUACGCUGUGUGUUUCUACUGCUCUCUACUGUCAGACUGUCUCUGCGAUUAUUUACUGUUAUGAUCAAUUCACUGAACAAGCACUCGUUUUGUAAAUUGAUUUAAACUUUCACCCUCUUAUGGCGACAACUCUCUAUCUUUCAUGUAGAUUCACAUACGGUGGUUUUCCUAGCUUAACAAGUUAGCUUAACAGCGAUGGCUUCUCCUGCUCUCUCGUGUUGUUUGCCAAAUGUUUAGUCACUCCUCUGCCUCUUUUAGGAUGACAGUAAUUGUAAUAAGUGUAGCUUGUUCGCCAUGAUGGAGGCGAGGCUUUGUCUUUGCCGUUUUUAAAAAUAUCCCAGUAAAGACGGCAUCAUUUCAGGAAAUAUCUCUGUCCACACGGAACUCAAAAUCAAUUGCCAGCAUUGUAGUUGCGCCGUAACGUUACACCAAAAAACAGAGAAGACGUUGUAAACAUUAGAUAUAAUAAGAGAAACAGAGACAUAAUCAACCAAGCCACUAAUAUAUGGCAUUAAUAUGUAUUAGUAUCCAACAAUCCACUUACAUAAUAUGCAACAAUCCACUUACAUAAUAAUAUCUUUACGAUGACAUCAAUGUUAUCAAAUCAAACACAAAUUUGUACAAAAUUGUACUGAUAACAAUUUUAAUUGUAGCAUAGUAAUGAUGACAAUACUGCUACUACUACUACUACUACUACUACUACUACUACUACUAAUAAUAAU